UCGUCGGUGCGGGCAGCGCCGCAAGGAAUAAAAAAACAACAAAGGCUCUAUAGGCCGGAGAGCUGGACGGCGCGACGUCGCGAGGCCGCGCGAGUGCUUGCGGAACAGAGGCGAUGACUCGCUCCUUGACACGCGCCCUCGAGCUUCCAUUUAACAUCGUACAACUCGACGUAGGCAGGUUCGCGCGCGGCCGCCAACGCGUAAUCGCUCGGCUAUAACAAUAUCGAACCGGUAAAUACGGCGCGCGUAGGUGUGUAUAGAACGCGAGGCACAUCGUCGCACGUAUGGGUCAGUCGGCGGUCCGAGCCGCCAACAACAAUAGCUCGCAGCAGGCCAGUGCAGGCAGCAGUGGCGGCGAGCUCGAGAAAGCUUCCUCCACCGCUGGCGCUGCGCCCGAUCACGACGACGCUCCUCAUCGGCAUCAGCAGCAUCAUCAGCAUCAGCCCCGUCGUCGUCGCUGCAGUCGUCCGGACGCCGAGGAUUAUCGGCAUCUGCCGAGCUGCAGUCACAAGCCGCCGCCUCGCGUCCUCUUCAGCCAGAUCAUGUCCGAGAGCGGCAAGGCCGAGAGCAUGAUGAUGACGAGCGAGCCCGACGACGAGAUCGCCUGGGUCUUCGACUCGCUCAUCGGCUUUUUGCACGGCCCGAUCUGGUCGGCCCCGCUGCUCACCUUCAUCGAGGACAAAUCCUUGAUAUUCGAGCCCGAGACGCAAGACUGCCAGGAGUAUCGAGAGGUCUACCAAGAUUACAAGAACCUCGUCGAUCUGCUGCUCGGUUGCUACAUGGAGGACAUGGAGAUCACGCCGGAGCAGUUCGAGCGAGCCUGCACCAUGAACACCAGCUCGAGGAUCGGCGUCCAGUUUCAGCAAAGCUUGUUCGAGCAGAUAUGGGCCGCCAACGAAUUCGAGAUAUUCAAGCGCAUGAUGAUUCAGAAAAAUCUGGAGCUUCAGCUGCAAGCGCUGCGGAUGAUCGAGCAAAAGUACGGCUUGACUCCGGCGUCGUUCACCAACGAGGAAACCGGCAAAGACGACGAUAUGCCGAUCGAAGAACUACUCCGUACCGAUCCGACACCGGCUAGCAACGAAACAGAAAAGGAGGAAAUGGAGGACGUGGUAGCACCGCCGCCUGAUUUGGACAUGGACAAAGCCGAAGAGGCGGUUCGACAAGAGCACGAGCGUCUCGCCGCGGAAUAUCGCAACGAGAGCGCGCUGCUCAUGGAGGCAUUGAAAAAUACCAGCGACGAGCCGAGCAGCGUCGAGUCACCCUUGCUCGAGCAAGAGACCGAGUUCAAUGGAGAGCAGCAGACCCGAGAGGAGUCGUUGGAAAGUCCAGACGGCGACGGUCCUGCGGCGACGAUAGCCGCGGCGAGUGCCGCGAUCACCGCUGCUAUCGCCCCGGCUGCGGCGGCGGCAGCCUCGAGAAUCCCCACGGCGGAGAUCAUCAACGUCAAGCCCGCGAAGGAGGACGUCCUCAGCAAGAUCGACCUGCAGAAGCGCCAACAGUACCUGAAAGCUCAGCGCGACAAGCUCGUCGCCCUCAAGAAGCAAGCUAGAAGCCACAAGCUGGAGUCGGCGGCGGACAUCGGCGGUCACGCUGCCGGCGGCGGCUCGUCUUCGAGGACGGCGCGUCCGAGCUCGGCGCGGGUCGUCGCCGAGGCUGCGAUCGACGGGAACCAGGCCGAGCUGUUGGCUCAGCAGCAGCAGAACAUCAUCGACGCGUCGGUGCUGCAAGUCCGCAAAGCCUUGGCAGCGAGACUCAAGGCGGAAGUCGUGCAAAAAUGAUGUGAUGAUGAUAAUAACGGACAGAUUGUACUUUUGGUGUAAUUUUUGUUUUCCAUAUAUUUGUUUUUCUUUUUUACGCCUUAUAUAAUUCCUUAUUCGUUCUUUAUCAUCACAUAAUCUUGUAUAUCACUUUGCUUUGUAAAAAUUCAUUCAACUUUAUGCAAUUGUUGACACACUUUGUCCAGAGUAUAGGGAUUAUACAAGGUAUUACGUGUUUACUGGAUUUUCUCUCUCUUUUUUUCGUCCUGGCUAAAAUCGCAUAUUACAAUAUAUUACUUUGUCAGUAUUACAAAUAACAUAUACAAUAUACGCAUCAGUAGCGGUUAGUUAAUGAUGAUAAUGAUAAUUAAUAAUAGUAGUAAUAAUAAUAAUCAAUAAUAAAAAUUCUAAUCUCUGCUCGACGUCGGUUCUCGCGAACAAAAACGGAUUGUUCAUUUUAUACUUGCUUUUAAGAUCUACAAUGUUGUUGAUGAUGAUAGGUAAUGCCCUAAAGUGUAGAGAAUAUAGAUAUAGAUUAUUUCUGUAUUUAACGCAUGGCUGAAACAUGAGCGCGUACGUCGAACGUCGAUCAUCAAAACGUGUACUUAUAUAAACCUGUGUAAAAAUUU